CUUAUUUCCACUUUUUUAAAAAGAACAAUUUAAAAGAAAAUAUGGCAAGCUGCAACAAACCCCAGCUCUACCUCACGACCAUCGUCCUUACCGUGGUCUUCUUGACGGCGAACCAAGUGGUGGAAGGGCGUCGCAAGGGCCUCUGCGCCCGAACCGCAUACCCAAAGUUGUGUCGAUCGCUGGUUAAAGGGUCAAACCCCAGACUAGCCACACUCAGCACCAUUUGUGCCCUCGAGACUAAGACAAGACGGGCGAUUGCAAACGCAGCAAAGUACAAAAAAGGAAACAAACAGGUUACGAUUUGCCACGCGAAACUUAGAGACGCAGCCUUUAACCUUAGGAAGGCGAAGAACAGCCUCAAUAGACGACAUAGUAAGAUGCUGAGAAUCUUUUUGACCAGGGCUGUGUCAGAUUACGGCGUUUGCGUCAACGCGUUCGUAGACUCGCAUCAAGUUAACACCGUUCAGAACGCUGCGGAUGACCUGAGGAAGACAGGAACUAAUUGCUUGUUUCUUUCUACUUUGAUUAGAAGAAGAUCGAACCGCAGGAGAAAACGUAACUAAUCCCUCAAAAAUCUGACAGAAAAUAACAUGUUUCUCUUUUGGAGGGUGUUCUUGAGCAACACCAAUCUUGUACUGUAAUUAUUAUAGAACUCUUAGCCAUUUUCUUGAUUUUCAAAAUGUAAUUUUACCAAAAUAAGAUCUCAAAAAGGGAAUUACAUUGC